UACCCCAGCUAGGCCCCUUGCACACACACCACUGGUACUGUUCUCACUGAAGCAGUAGAGGACAAACAGAUCAGGUUGAGACUGAACUUGACUGGACCCACACCUCCAGAAAGACUCCACUCUGACCGGAAACCUAUCCCAGAAAGAUCCCAUCCUGAUCGGACUCGUACGGCACACAGAGCCCCAUCUACCUGGAGCCCAGCCAAGGGGCCAACCUCUUCAGCGAUGAACGGUUUUGGGUACCGUCGGGAGUUGAGUAAGUAUGAGGAUGUGGAUGAGGAUGAACUACUGGCUUCUCUCAGCCCAGAGGAGCUAGCAGAGCUGGAGAUGGAGCUGGCAGACAUAGACCCUGAUGCCAACGUGCCCAUCGGCUUGAGACAGAGGGACCAGACGGAGAAGACCCCCACUGGCACCUUCAGUAGAGACUCUCUGUUGAAGUACUGGGAGAAGGAGACCAAGAGGAUACUGGAGGAUGAGAGAGGGGAAGCCAGCAGCCCCAAACAGGAUGACGAUGAUGAUGCCGAAAAGAGCGAGGAAGAAUGCGUGACAGAAAGCAACAGCGAAGCAGAGGAGGAGGAGGAUGACGAGAACAAGAAAGAAAAUAAAGAUUAUGAAGAGGAAGAGGAGGAAGAAGAAGAAGAGGAGGAGGAGAGUGAGGAAGAGGAAGCUGAAACAGAGGAUGCAGAGGAUGAGGAGGAGCCAGAAGAGGAAAGGCCUGAAGCAGCGCCCCCAAAGGAUCCUGGUCCUCCAUCACCGCUGUCAGUCGUCAUCUCCUCCCCUAGCCUCCUGAGACCCCCAAGGGUGGAGCCUAUGAGACUAACCCCGCCCCCACCUCCGCUUGACCCCAACGCCGACGGCAACCCAACAGUUGUCGACGAGGCCCUGGAAAGAGUCCUUAAUAACGACCCUGAGCUCAAAGAGGUCAACCUCAACAACAUCGAGGACAUCUCACAGGACACUCUAAUCAAGUUCGCUGAGGCACUGCGCUCCAACACACACGUGCGUGUCUUUAGCCUGGCCAACACGCAUGCUGACGACCCCGUGGCGCUGGCCAUUGCCAAGACGCUGUGCGAAAACACCUCCAUUGUCAGCCUGAACAUCGAGUCCAACUAUGUGACAGGGAAAGGGGUUCUGGCCAUGGUCCAGGCUCUGCCUAGCAAUAGCACCCUGACUGAGCUACGCUUCCAUAACCAGAGACACAUGUGUGGAGGACAGGUGGAGAUGGAGAUGGUGAAGGUUCUGAGGGAGAACCACGCCCUGAUCAAGCUGGGUUACCAGUUCCACCUGCCAGGCCCCCGGAUGAGCAUGACAGGCAUCCUGACCCGUAACAUGGACCGUCAGAGACAGAAACGCCUGCAGGAACAGAGACAGAACCAGCAGGCGGGGCCAGAGGGGGCCGUUAACCCCCGUACCACUGCUCUGUUGAAGGCCACUCCGGGUUCUUCGCCCUACGGUUCACCGCGGGUGUCUCCUUGGCAAUCCCCCAAACUCCUCAAGAAACAGACCCCUCCUGCUCCCCCGCCGCCUCCCCCACCUCCUCCCCCACCCCCUCCACUGCCCUGCCAGCCCCCGGCAGAGAAGAAGAAGCCGACUAGGAAGAUAGCGGAGGUGAUCAGGCUUCACGAGGAGGUCGUUAAGAAGCAAGGGAAAGGGAAGGGGAAGAAGGGGAAGAAAGGACUGAAAGAGACCAACAGUAUCUUGAAGGAGCUGAAGAACGCUCUGCGGCCAGUGGCGGAGAACAGAGAACAGGAGUACAGCAGGCCACCCACUCCACUGCGCUCCUCACACGACCAGCUCAUGGACUCCAUCCGCAGCGCCAGUGUCCGCUCCCUCAGAAAGGUGGAAAUUCCACAGAGGAAGUUUGUCUUUGUCCCUGAUGAAGAGACUAGCUGAUCUGAAGACUACUGAGGACACAUAAACUAUACGUUCAGAUUGAACUGGACUUUCCUCAGAGAAGAUACUGGAAAUGAACACUGUAAUAACACCUUUAGUAUUGGAGAAAAAAAAAUCUGAAAUUCAUAAAUUUUUUAAAUGUAUUUAUGCUGUAUGAUU